UGGAGCAAAGCUCGUGUUAAUGUCCGCGCUGCGGACUCCUCCCCGUUUGGAGCGACCAUGCAGCUCCGAACAGCAACACCAUUCCCAGAUCUGCUCCUCUCAGGCCACUGGGGGAGCACAUUACACGGGACGGCGAAAGAAGUCACAGGGGUUAACUUGGAUACGCAUGCGGCGGUGUUUUAAUAAUAAAAAAGUCGCCCUGCCGAACACCGAAGCGAUUGUGUCGUGCACGAGAAGAUUUCUCCCUGCUAUGGGAUAUGUUUUGAAAAGUACAAACGCGCUGAGUUGAAGGAUAUAACUCCAGUAUGCGGCACUUCUGAAACAAAGGGGUCUGGAGCGUCGUUGUCUGAUAGGAUUAGGGCCCUUUCUGGAUGGGAAAGAUGGAACCAGAGGGGCAGUGGUGGAAAAGCCAGCUCGCAGCGGACAUCCAUCAAUCUCUCAGGAUUAAGGAGCUAAAAUUGCCAACAUACCAGGCUCACUCUCCACAGAUCGGGAUGCGACGGUACUUUGCCGACCUGCUGGCCGUUCUCAGUAACCGCUAUCAGCUGUGUCCUACCGCACGUCACCUGGCUGUCUACCUGCUCGACCUCUUCAUGGACCACUAUGAUGUAGCGGUGCGGCAGCUCUACGUCAUCGCACUCUCCUGCCUUCUCCUGGCCAGUAAAUUUGAGGAAAAGGAGGACCGCGUGCCCAAACUGGAGCAGCUGAACACGUUGGGCUUCAUGUGCAGUCUGAACCUCACUCUCAACAAGCGUGACCUCAUCAAGAUGGAGCUCCUGCUACUGGAGACGUUCGGAUGGAACCUGUGCAUGCCCACGCCCGCCCACUUUAUCGACUACUACCUCCACGCUGCUGUCCAGGAGGGCGACCUGCACAACGGCUGGCCUCUUUCCUCCCUGUCCAAGACCAAAGCCUUCAUGGACAAAUACACACACUACUUCUUAGAGGUCUCAUUACAAGAUCACGCGUUUCUAAGCUUCAGGCCGUCUCAGGUGGCGGCUGCCUGCAUAGCUGCAUCCAGAAUCUGCCUGCAGAUCUCACCCAGCUGGACCACUGUUCUCCACCUGCUCACGGGUUACUCCUGGGAUCAUCUGACACAGUGCAUCCAGCUCAUGUUACUUGCCCAUGACAACGAUGUGAAAGAGGCCAACAAAUCCAAAUCGUCCCCCUCCUCCAGCCAAAGCCUCCAACCCCAAGCUCACGUCCCCCCAAGCCUUAUCACCCCCUCUCUACAGAGGCAGCCCACCGCCAGCUCCCAGCAGCUGCUCCUCCAGGCCAGCAGCUACCCGCAGCACUCGCCGGCAUUAUCCCAGCUGCACAUGCUGGCAGACUGCCAGGCCCUGGGAUCCGUGGGCUCCCGGGAAUACCUGCAGCCCCACCAAGCCAGCCUUCUUUCGGCGUCGAUGCCGGCCAGCUCAUUCGCUUCAUUUCCCAGCUUGGCGACCGGGCUGCGUGGGUUGCCCCUUCAAGGUCCUAUCUCCAUGCAGGUGAGCAUGGGACCCGAGCGCCACUGCCUCGGUCUGACUUAUGGGAGCGGUUACCUGAGCUCCUACCACACGUUCACAGCCGGAUGCUUCGACAGGUGACGCCAGGAGAGGGAGGACAAACUCAACCUGGGGCUGCCACCGUCCUCCGCCCUCUCUGCCUCCUCCGGCCCCGAGGGACUACGUUUUAGCCGCAGACGAAGACUUCCCAAAAAGACCAACAGUCAAGUGGAUCCCUCAGAGGUUAUAGUAUUAACUUAAAACGGCCCUUUCUUCAAGUGGGACCUUUAAACAGUUUUUAAAGCUUUUGGACGCUUCCUUUUUUAUGAACUGAGGAUGUCUGUUUUGUCUGCCAGUGACUGAACUGACUGAAUUCUGGCGCUUUUUUAAUACACAGCCUUAAGAAGAAAAAUCGCGGAGAUUCUUUAACACCAGCGUUUUUCACAUAAGUCCUUGAACUUUCACACUGGAUGUACUGUAUGGAUGCUGCUGCCUUUUGUAUGAACUGAUGGCUUUAUGACUAAGAAUCUCGUGUCCCUUUUGGUUAUGUUUACAGUGACAUGCAGGGAUGUACAGAAAUCUAAUACGUACACACAAAACCAUUGACACGGCUUAUGUUUGUAUGAAGUAGCUUCUCCUUUGUGUUUCUCCAUGAAUUGGUUUUGCAAGUGAAACGGUCCGUCGACAAGGUUGACGUUAUGCUAAGGUUCCAGGUUUUUUUUCUUCAGGCAGAUGGAGGGAGGCCCCUCAGGGGACGAAGGCAUAUGUCCUAACCUCUCUCCCGAGCUAGAGGAAACCAUGCUUUACUAAUUCCUCUUCCCGAGGGAAAUAGCCAUGAUCACCCUGCAGUUCUGCAAUGAAAGCCAUUUCGUUGUGUUAUACCUCGAACCAUCAGACUCUGUGGCUUGGAAAGAUUACCUCACAUUACUGCUCUUACACUGUCGUUCACGUUUACCUCCGAGGUCAUUUGAGUUAACAGGUUCAAGAAAAGAUCCUCUGUGUUAUAUCAUCACCUUUGGAACAACUUCAUUUUAGUCUGUUUCUAAACACUUUGAUUUAGGUGGGUCAAGCAUGAUUUUUCUUUUAAAGCAGACUGCAAUACUUGGUCCAAAAUAUGUUACUAUUAUUCUAAACUAAAGAAACGAUUAACCAAACUUCCUUUUAUAUUUGUUUAUGUUCAUGAGGUUUUUAGACGACACAUUGAAUUCUUUUAUGUAAACUGGCAUUAAGACCAAAGCGUCUGCUUGACGUCCUGCUGAAUGAGAAGCUUUUUCAACCACUUUACUGGACUUUGGAUUAAAACUUUCUCCAAUAGUCCUGAACUUUGAACUACCUCAAUAUAUUGCCAUUUACGUGCUGAUUCUGCAGGGCUCGCUCUUUUGCUUUAUACAUUUCGUGAUCGGUCAGAACAUUCAUUGCUUUGUAUUUUCCCAAACCUUAGUUUAAUUCCUCUUUGUUUUGUAUGGAAGUCUCGUGGUUUUUUUUUUGUAUAGGUAGAGAACUGUGUUCACUGUAACAGACACGCACUGUUUUAUUUCAACUCAUUCUUUUGUGAAGCCUCUGUGUGUGCAAUAUGUAAUCAUUAGGACUUUUGAACUACAUUUUGCUUUUCUACCACUACGUUUUUACGAUGUAGUAUUAGUUGUUUUUAUUUGUUUUGAUAACCUAUUACUGCUGAUCCGCAGUGAUUUAUUUUUCCACCGAGAAAAUGUUGCACAUUGCAACCAGUGUCUCCUGAAUCUCUGGACAUUUAUUGUAAACCAGAGAUAUGAAUAAUUCUGCUCAUUCGAUGAUCUAACGGUUUUAUUUAAAAGCCUGUAUGUUGGGUCAGGGGAUAACAGGUGAUAACAGGUGUAAUUUGGAUGAAAACCCCAGAAAUAAAAUGAA